AUGUCUGUCCCAUCGCAGCUUGCCAGCACACUCGACGGCCUCAAGGCCGUCGCCGAGCAGAUCGUGCUCGACCCCAAGUACCACGACCUCCUCGCCAUCGUCAAGGGCGCGCGCAAUGGCGCAGUCUACGGCGCCAAAGUGCGCUUCCCGCAUGCGCUUGUGAUGGUCUUCCUCUUCCGGUCCGGAACUGUGCGCGAAAAGGUCUCCCUCGUCCUCCGUGCGACAAAACACCAUGCCAGCAACCUGGCCCGCUUUGCUAUUAUAUACAAGACGACGCGCAUGGUAUUAAAGUACCUCGCCGACGGCAAGGAGGGCACAUACGACAGCUUCAUCGGCGGUCUGCUCGGCGGCUACAUUGUCUUCGGCGGCCGGUCCAAGCGGUCUGGUAAGAUCAGCUCCAUCAACAUGCAGAUUGUCAUCUACGUGUUUGCGCGCGUGGUCCUGGCCUUGGCUAAGCUCGCGGUCAAGCCGGGUGUCGGCCUGCCGCUGGUGUCGCAGCCGCCGCUGUCGCAAACCAUCAGCUACUAUGCAUGGCCCGCCUUUGCUGCCGGCAGCUGGGCCAUGGUGAUGCACCUCUUCCGCUACCACGACGCCGAGAUCCAGUCCAGCCUGCGCAACAGCAUGAGUUACAUUUACGUGCAGAGCGACCACUGGGACAGCCUACGGACAUUGCUCUGGCACAACAAGUAA